UAUUAAAAUAUUCUAAUUAAAUUUUGAUGCAAAUCAAUGUGUUAUUGAGAUGCUUUGCUGCCUCUACAGAUCUUUAUCUGGACAGUUCCCACAUCUUUCAGUUUAAUCCAUAGGAUGGCAAGAGAUCUUCAAGACAUGUAUUCCAUCUCGAUCUUGAUGCAUUUCGUUUUUACUGGAGGCGUACUUUGUAUGACUGCUUUUGUUGUAGCUAACAUGGUCGGAGGAGUUGUAAGAGUGUUCCUUUGUGGUCUCUUUGUCUUCGGGUUAAUAGUUGAGUUAAUGAUUACUUGCAUACUUGGAAAUCUUAUUCUAUACGAGAGUGACACGUUGGAAGCUAUGAUUGAAGGCACUCAUGUCUAUACAAUGCAUAGCAAAAUUUACAAGAAAUGGUUGAGGAUUAUAUUAACAAAAGCAAAUGUUCCUACCAGACUAGUUGCUGUAAGUGUUUUCCCAUUAGAUAUCGAAACCUUCAAGUCCUUGAUGGUCACAACUUACUCAUUUUUUACUUUGUUAAAAACAUUGAAGCCUUAA